GAUAAAUUAUGGCCUUAUGUUUUUUUGGCUGGGGCCGACUUUCCGCGCAACCUUGAAUUCAACCAAAGCUCCAAAAGCCCCUUUUUUCUUAUUCUGUCCCCGCACUCUGCUUGAUGCUUUCCCAAAUGAUAUAAAGUUCACCAGUCGAGUCAAUUGCCACUUUUGCUGUCUGGUCUGCGUUUCCGCGUCUUGCGUUUCUUAAGCAGGCAGUCUCACCAAUCCAGUACAAUGGGCGCAAAAACCGAAAAGAAAGCUGCAGAAAAGAAGUCUGCUGGAAAGGCAGCACCAGCGCUCUCUCCCUCAGCUGCAUUUGAAAAGCAUGGAUAUGAGUUUUUUGGACCCCCGGGGACGUUUAUCCUAAUCACCGUCCUUCCGAUUCUCAUCUACAUAUUCCCCUUCGUCUGCAACGAUAUCUCCGGGUGCCCAGCACCAUCCCUCCUCAGCCCUUCUACCCUUGUGCUGGGCACCUUAAAACGAGAAGUUGGAUGGCCUGAGGAUGGCCUGAAGGGCCUGUACGAUACCCAGACCACCCUCUAUGUCCUUGGUUACUACCUGCUCCUUCUGGUUCUCCAAAUUGUGCUGCCAGGGAGAGAGGUCGACGGAGUAGUACUGGCAUCUGGAGGAAGACACAAAUAUAAGUUCAACACCCUUCUUUCCACAAUUUUGAUCCUGGGAGGAUGCGGUGCAGGAAGUUAUGUAUACGGGGCCGAUUUCCCCGUAUGGACUUUCAUUUGGGACAACUACAUUCAAAUCAUCACCGCAAACAUCAUUAUCUCCGUGGCAUUCUCGCUUUUCGUCUACCUUCGAAGCUUCACAGUUCCCGCUCCGGGACAGCCCAACCCAACACACCGCGAACUUGCACCUGGAGGCUGCAGUGGCAAUCCAAUUUACGAUUUCUUCAUGGGCCGUGAACUCAACCCGCGAAUCACCCUUCCCAUCCCCUUCGUGAGCGAAGCGUCAAGAAUAUUUGACAUCAAAGUUUUCUGUGAGAUGCGACCUGGUCUUUUGGGGUGGAUCAUUUUGAAUCUAGCCAACAUCGCACAUCAGUACAAGGUCAACUCUGGUGAGAUUACGAUAUCGAUACUACUCGUUACUUUCUUCCAGGCUUUCUAUGUGAUUGACAGCUUCUUCAUGGAACCUGCUAUCCUCACAACCAUGGACGUGAUCAUGGAUGGGUUCGGAUUCAUGUUGUCAUUUGGCGAUUUGGUCUGGGUGCCAUUCAUUUUCUCGAUACAAACAAGAUACCUCGCCGUGUACCCUCUGCAUGUUGGCCCACAGGGCAUUGCAAUGGUGUUGGGAGUUCAAGCGGUCGGAUAUUAUGUCUUCCGCAGCACGAACAACCAGAAGAACAGAUUCCGCACGAACCCUAAUGACCCUCGAGUCAAGCACCUGAAGUACAUUGAAACUGCAGCUGGUUCCCGCCUGCUGAUAUCCGGCUGGUGGGGUUGUGCUCGUCAUAUCAACUACCUAGGCGAUUGGGUGAUGUCAUGGGCAUACUGCCUUCCCACUGGUGUUGCGGGUUAUCUCAUGCUCGACCACGUGGAUCCAGUUACAGGGGCUGUGGAAAAACGCGCAGUCCAGACCCCCGAGGUUCGUGGCUGGGGUAUUCCAGUAACGUACUUCUUCAUGGUGUAUUUCACUAUUCUUCUCCUCCACCGGGAAAGAAGAGACGAGGCGAAGUGCAGAAGGAAGUAUGGCAAGGAUUGGGAUAGGUAUACUUCCAUUGUGAAAAGUAGGAUUGUACCAGGGAUCUAUUAACGCGCCACUGGCCGACGGGUUAAAGACGCUUCUUCCCCCCCGUUUUAUUUCGCUUCUUAAAGGAAUUUUUCAAUCAGGAGAGCAUAUGCGGGAAAUGUAUUCCGGAUUUCGGUUCCUCUAACGUUGCCAUGCCUUACGUUCCUUGUUUCCCUGAUGGUUAGGGUCUAUAGGUGUGAAGGUCACGUUUUAUCUACAACGAUAUAAUACUAUUAAUUAAUCAUUUUGCAAGCAAUUCAUGUAUAUAACUGGGCACAAAAAAUUGAAGGAAUAUUACAUAUGGCCUGACAUACUCUAGUUAAGUAUAGUCAGUUUAUGAUAUAAAGUGUUACACCCUUUCCACAACCUUCCUUGUACUGGAUUCUUCUAAAAGCUCCAACCCCCAAUCAUCAUCUCCCCGAUUCUCAACCCAAUUUCCAAGCACUUCUCUCACAUCCGUCGUCACGUUCUUUCUGAGCUUCGAAGGGCCAAUGCCCAUCUUGAUACACUUCCGCUUCAUCAACUCAUAACUUUGUGCUGUGAGCACGCAUUCCUUCAUUUUCGCAAAGAGCGAAUUGUCGUGAAUAUGAUCCAACGCUCUCCUUGUGGUACUUGUCUGGUUCUCGAAUUUGCCAGUCUGGGCUGCAACCCCAUCAUUCUCACCACAAUUGUCAGCAGAGGGCAAAAGUUGGACAAUGUCUCUAAGUAAGCCCCACAUCUUUGCGCGGGAUAGAGCGCUUGCUUUCCGCGGUGUGGGCGAGGAGAUGCGGUAGCCUUGUUUAACGCCAUUUAUGAGGGUUUCAUUUAGCUUGGUGCCUGUUGCUAGUUUCCCAUUUAUCGCUGUAGAUGAUGAUGGGGCAGCCGUCCAAACCGCAGAGAUAUUUCCCGGUUUACUCUUCUUCUCCGCACCAUUGUUAUCCUUCGGUUUCCCGAACGCCCACUCCUCCUGGACCUGGGCAGUCGGCACGGGCCGAACCUCAAAUGGACGGAAUGUAUAUCCCAUCCCGCCUAGAGAAGCAGCAGUAUCGUCAUCGUCAACACCGGGAUCAUCAUCGCUCCAUCUCCGACCAUUUAACUCCCCAAGUCUCCCAGUCUCACCACUUCCAAACGCCCUCGCACAUGCCACGCGACUUAUUUCCUCCUCCGGAAGCAGCAGUGCGGUCAAGUACGCAUUUGAGCUUGGGAAAAUGAGCAGACACGCAGGAAAUGUCAAGAGAGACGUCACCUGCUUCACAGCCAACUUGUCAGAGCAGGAUUUGCUCAGAGUUGAUUCGGCGUCGGCACGAGAAGGCUUGCGGCGCACGGCGCCGAGGAUAGAGAAGUGGGCGCGCCCGUUUAGAAGACUCGUCGUGGUGUGUGGAAUAUUGUUGGCUUGAUUGUGUUGGCUACUAUUGCCACUGGAGUUUUCGGGAUUGUUACUGGCCCCGAGGGGAGGCGUAGCCCAUGGUGUCGGGUCUUCCUGGGAGGCCAUGCACAGUUCCAUGCUGACAUCGCCACAUGGCGCACAUGUUCCGUACAUGUAGAUUCUCAGGUCCUUGCGAAGCUCGAAGGGUGGCCAUGAGUGUUUGGUCUUUGCCAGCUGAUUGGUAUCUGAAAUUCUGGAGAGGGUGUGGGAUGCAAGAUUAGGCCCUGUUCCCGGUUGGUGCCUCCAAUUUAUGAAUUUUGAUGCAUGUAACUUUCCGCAGGUUGGCUGCGUCCCCGCUUCAUCGUUGUUGUUGGCCUCGUUUGCUUCGAUUCUCUCGGAUUUAAAUUCAUGAUUCGAAUAAUCUAUCCUGUGUUCAAGCAGGGAUUUACAUUCUUCAAGGAGCCAGUUGUUGAAAGCCCGAAUCGCCAGAAUUUCAGCAUGGCUAUCAUGCAGUACCAUGCCCCGGCAUUGGCUAAUCUGUGAAGACGGGAGGCAUUUUGCCCCUGUUCUGUUUUCCUAAAGUCAGCGGAAUUGGUCCAUGCGAUAGAUAAUAAAACAUGGGAUACAUACGCGAUAGCUACGCAAGUUAAAAUCUCCUCCCGUGUAUUUUCUCCUUCAAUGUAAAAAUUAAUUAAUCAAUCUGAGCCCCUAAUAUAUAUUAUUCCCAGAUUCAAUUAACCUAAAAAAUCAAGGCGCAUCAUAG